AUGACUCUUUCCAUUCCCGUCUCUGCUCUACUUUCGCCCAUAUCCCCAUUGAGACCUCUUUUCCAGCAAUGCCUCUCACUGUUCUCUCGCGUGCGAAUCUCCGGGACCCUUCUACAUUCCCUCACCCGCGACGAGAUCGUGGAACUGCAGCGGGGUCUCUCCGAAGCGCUACGAGAAUAUUCGACCGGAUCCCAGGAGGAAGGUUGCUCAGCUACCUAUCAGCCUCAGCGAACAGCGAUUACACGCCAGAAUGGUUGUACCACCCUUUUCAUGCCGGCUAGCACCGGCCAAACGCUUGGCAUUAAGAUGAUUUCGUUACAAGACGGAGGCAAGGCGGGGUGCGCAGUGGAACGGCCUGGAAUUGAAUCCGUCGACAGCGAUUCUACUUCGCCGAAGAUGAGAAGCUCUGCACGCAAUUCCGUCGCAUCGCUUUCUUCGGAGAUGAGCGAACUCUCUGUCGGAUCGUCCCAGGAAGACGACAGCUCCACCAAUCCUGCCUCGAGCGCGACCGUGAGCCCGAGCGCCAGCUCAACGCUUCUCAAUGGCUGUGUAAACCAGAAACCGGUGGUCGCAGCUGUUGACCCCAGUCUCUCGAAUACUCGAGGAGCUUGGCCGGGCGCCGGGACCCGCGAUACUUCACCGCGGGGCAGCGUUACCCUGCUUGAUGGAGAUAGUCUACCAUUCGCACUCAUCAACGCCCACGAGCUCACAGCUUUCCGGACCGCAUUGGCAUCUCUGAUGAUCUUCAACCGACGUAGGAAGGUGCGCACUAUCCUCGUUUUUGGAGCUGGGACCCAAGCCUACUGGCAUAUUCGCCUCGCUCUGACCCUGCGCGGGGAGGACAUCCGUCGCGUCUACAUCGUGAACCGCAGCUUUGAGCGCGCAGCCAAGCUGUUACAAGAUAUCUACGGGCCUGAGAACACCAAAUGGCGCCGAGACGUAAAGUUCUCCGCCGUGAGUACCGACUUCGGCGAAUACGGCCGCGUUCUGAAGGAGCACGUCCGCAAGGCCGACGCAAUCUUCUGCUGCACCCCAUCAGUAGAACCACUCUUCCCGGCGGAAUUCCUCACGUCUCGCGAGGGUCGCCAGAAGGGCCGUCUGAUCACCGCGAUCGGCUCAUACAAACCACAUAUGGCGGAGAUCCAUCCCGAUAUUCUCCGGGAUGAGGUCAACGUGCAGCCACCCCACAGGCACUUCCACAAGCAUACGCCACGCAGUGGUGUCAUUGUGGUGGACAGUCUUGAUGCAGCUAUCAAGGAAGCUGGAGAGAUUAUCCAGGCGGGGAUCAAGCCCAAACAAGUUGUUGAGCUGGGGGAACUCUUGAUGGUUCGCCAUGCGACAAUGAACAACUCAGAUGAUACUGGCGAGGAGAAGAGCCUGCGCGAGUGGAUCCAGCGGGGGAAUGUCAUCUACAAGAGCGUUGGGCUCGGGUUGAUGGACUUGGUGACAGGCGGCGACCUCGUGCGUCUAGCGCGGCAGCGGAACUUGGGAGUCACUGUGGAGGACUUUUGA